AUGGGGAAUUGUUCACAAAGAGCAGUAUCCGAUGGUGGUGGUUUCGUCAACGUAAAUGACACAGAUUCCAGAAGAGAUAUAAUGGAAGAAUAUUACAGAAGCAGGAGAUGCACCUCGUUGCCAAUAACCAGGGAGAAAUCCUUAGGGUACCUUGUUGGACAAGGUACGCCAAGCCCUAUAGGAGUUGGGCCGAAGAUUCAAGUGUCGCCGCAACGAAGGAACGGAGUUUGGAAAGCGAAAGUUGUGAUCGGAAGUAAGCAGCUCGAAGAGAUUUUGGCGGUUGAAGGCAAUACACACGCUUUGAUUGAUCAGCUCCAGUUUGCUGCGGCAGAAGCUUUAGUUUCUUCAACCUCUGCCUCGGACAUGGUCAGAGUUAAAAGCCUAUCAUCCCAGAACCGGAAAAACAAUGAGAACUACUUUUGUUAGGUUCGAUGAUUGCGGAUUUUGUGCCGGAUUUCUUAUUUGUAAUCCUUGUAAGCAAAAAGUGUAUAA